AUUCCCAUGGCUUCCCAUUUUAACCCUAGUUUCAAGGUAAAAUUGUAAUCUCCCAUUUUAUAUAUAUAUCGUCAAUUUGAUCAUCUCCAACAUGUAAAAAGAAAAAAGAAAACCCAAGAAAUUUUCAAGAGAGAAAAAGUAUGGAGGAGAAGAAAGAAAAUGUGAAUACAGCUUUGUUUACAGCAGGAAUAGCUGUUUUACUGGUAUGUUUGAAACGUGCUCUACUGUUGUCUCUAGUUCAACAAUGGCGAGCUUGGGUGUUUCUUGUGUUAAACCUUGUGCUUUUGGCUAUUUUUUUCACUUCCAUGACCCCAAAUUCAAGUCAAAUUAGUCAGCAAGAAAUGAAUAAAAAUGAGGAAGAAAUGAAGAAGAAAAGAGGAAAUUUCAAUGAAGCUGAAGCAUGUGCAGAAGACCAUCAGGUCAGCAAUUCAAAGCAAAUAAGCAAAAGUAAAGAAGUUGAAGAUCUAGUAGAGAAAGAAGUGGUGGUUGAAGAAGAAGAAGAAGAAGAAGAAGAAGAAGAAGAAAAUAUUGAGACAUUAAAGCUGUCAAAGGAGGAAUUGAAUGAGAGAGUUGAAGCAUUCAUUGCCAUGUUUAGACAGCAGUUAGCUUUAGAUGCAAGAAAAGGAAGAAAACAAGCUGAUUUCAGCAAGAAGAAACACACCAACCUUUCAUCUGAUAGAGUAAAUCGUUUCGUUUUGAAAGUUGAGGGAUAAUUGAAUUUGGGUCUAACUUAAUUGAUUUAUUCAAUCAAUUUUAAGAGGUAUUAGUCAGUGAA